UAUUUUCUAGAUGAGACUUGAGAGGUACGAGAAUCCAAUUUUUAGGCGAAAACAGGGACAGGAACCGAAAGGCGCAUUUACGUAUCUUUCUCUCUUCAUUCGUGCAAGAGAGCGUAAUAAGUUAUGCAGGGGCAGGCCGCCAUUUCUGUUCUUAUAAAGCUUCUCCUCUUCAUCGCCGCGUCUUUAGUUUUAGUCCGAUCAUCUUCUUCUCUCACGAUUGGAGAAACGUGUUCGACUUCAAGCAAUAACUGCGAUGAAGGGUUGCUCUGUUCCACCUGCCCUGCAAAUGGAAAUACCCGACCCAGAUGCUCUCGCGUUCAACCCAUCAAUCCCACCUCAAAGGUCAAAGGGCUGCCAUUCAACAAGUAUUCAUGGCUGACGACUCAUAAUUCGUUCGCGAUGUCUGGGACGAAGUCAGCCCUCGGGUCUAACAUUAUUGCUCCGACCAACCAAGAGGACACCGUCACCGCUCAGCUCAAGAAUGGGGUUCGAGGACUUAUGCUUGAUAUGUAUGACUUCAACGAUGACAUCUGGUUGUGUCACUCAUUUGGAGGGAAAUGCCUUAAUGUUACGUCAUUUCAACCUGCUAUUAACGUGCUGAAAGAAAUUCAAGUAUUUCUUGAAGAAAACCCCUCUGAAAUUGUCACUAUCUUCGUCGAGGACUAUGUGACAUCUCCACAAGGAUUGACAAAGGUUUUUAAUGCGUCUGGUGUUAGCAAGUACUGGUUUCCACUGUCUCGAAUGCCCAAAAAGGGUGAGGAUUGGCCUACGGUGGAUGAUAUGGUCAAGCAGAAUCAGCGGCUGGUGGUCUUUACAUCUAAAGAGGCUAAGGAGGCGUCUGAGGGGAUUGCUUACGAGUGGAGAUACGUAGUGGAAAACCAGUAUGGAAACGAUGGAAUGCGACCCGGUUCCUGUCCAACCCGUUCCGAAUCGUCUCCUAUGAAUACAGACACAAUAUCAUUGGUUCUGCAGAACUAUUUUCCAGACAAUCCCAAUGAGACAGCAUCAUGUGUUGACAAUUCUGCUGCACUACUUAGUAUGAUGAAUACCUGUUAUGAAGCAGCUGGAAAACGUUGGCCAAAUUUCAUUGCAGUCGAUUUUUACAAGAGGAGUGAUGGUGGCGGUGCUCCAGAAGCUGUGGAUCGAGCAAAUGGCCGUUUGACUUGUAACUGUCGGAGUAUUGCAUAUUGCAAGCCAAAUGGUUCAUCUACCAAAUGUGAAAUGCCUAAGCUCUCUCCUCCCCCACCGGGACAGUUAACGCCUGAAUUAACAUCGGCAAAUCCCAGCAACGAUUCUCGAAUAUGCAGAUCGCUGCAACUUCAGUGGUUGAUUGUGACGAUUUUUGCUUUAAUUCUCUUACUGAGGUCAUAAAUUGCAGUGGUUUUACUUGCCACCAACCAUGGAUGUCUAUACAGUUAUACACGUUGAGCUGCAUCAGAGCAGGAAAGUCACUCAUUCUUUGAUAUUCACUUGUUAGAUUUUUGCUGUUCUCUCAAACUCCACUGUUGUAUGUUUAUGGCCUGUGUAAUGUAUUGAAGAUAAGGAGAAACAGUGCAUAUUAAGUAUUGAUAAUGUAAGUGAUAACUGUUCGAGAUCUC